AAAAACGGGACUAGUAGAAAAUGUACACAAGACAGUUCAAAUUUGUGAUCAAGAUUGAUCACAAAAAACUGAUCACAAAUUUGUUAUUUCUGAUCACAUUUUUUUAUGAUCAAAACUGAUCACAAUUUUCGUUACCCAGAGGGGGGCCUGGGAAUCUAGUUUUUUUCCAAAAAAUUGAAAUCGACAUGGUUCCUCUGUGUCAGCAAGCAAAAAGCAAACCAAGUAAAUCACGAGUAGAUACAGGUAGAUAGCGGGUGAGCCUACUGUCAAUCCAGAAAUAUUUGCCGAAAAGUGAGAGAUUUGGAGAAGGACCAAUUUGAAAAUCAAUUUUGAUUGGAUAUCUUAUUCCAUCAUUGUGUAUCUGAAUACGAAAAAGGGUCAUAGCAGAAACUUCCGUGGCAGUCAUUUGUGUUUGCCAACUAUGAUUUCACGAGAGAAGCUUGCGUGGCAAUCAUUUGUAUGUGCCAACUAAGAUUUUACAAAAUGUUCAGUGAGAUACCGGUACAAUGAUUCCAGUGCAAUACUCCUCAUACGGUAUUAUUUUAUGGUUUCAUUCCUCUUGGAGUUCGAAUACGCGUUGCGUACGAUAAUCACACUUUCAGCACACAAAAGCAAAUUAAGGUACUAGUAGUAAUAUUUAGUAACACAAAAUAUCAAACAUCGAUAUUGAUCGGAAGUAUUUGCUUUCGAAGUAUCAACAACAGGAACCAUGAUGAAAAUGAACACUCUCAAGUUCUUUUCCUGUCUUGCAGUAGCAGCAAACAUUCCCUCAGUGUUUGCGUCGCCCCGAGUCAUCAACGGAGAAGAUUCGAAACCUGGCCAUUUCCCUUACUUCGUCCAUUUUACAACUUUCACGGACAUCGUCGAACCGAAAAUGGCCUCCUGCGGUGGCACGCUCAUUGCACCCGAUCUCGUCCUAUCUGCAGCACAUUGUAACUAUGGGUUCCAUGAACCAGACCGCCCCUGGAAUGUGGGGAUGCCUGUUGCUAUUGGGGCCUACGGACCCUUUGUUCAUCCUAAUCGCCCACCGGAGGGCUCGCAGGUUCGUUAUUGUGCAGCAUGGAUCCCCCAUCCACUCUGGGACGAUGAAAAGUUCGUUUAUGAUAUCGCUCUCUGUAAGCUCAAUUACCCUGUAACGAUCGACCAAUCAUUUGUCACGCUCGAACUUAACGAGGAUCCACAUGCUCCAGCUGUUGGGACAGAGGUUAUUGGCGUAGGACUUGGGGCAAUACACCCCUUUGAUCCUAUUUUCCCUGAGACUUUGCAAAAUGUCACUUUCCCAACAAGAAGCCAUGAGGUCUGCAAAGAAAUACAUUCAAAAGGGCCGUAUCAAAAACAUGUAAUUGAUCCGGAACUGACAUUGUGUGCAGAUUUCGACGAAAUGAAUGGAAAGACAACCUGUCGCGGCGACUCAGGUGGUCCACUUGUAAAAAGAGUCGGUCUUGGUGAUGGGUCCUUUGUCGACAUACAAUACGGUCUCACCAGCUGGGGUUGGUGGCCCCAAUGCAGAGAUGCUGUUUUUGCACGAAUCAGUGGUGUAUUCGACUGGAUCAAAGCCACUGGGUGCGGUAGGUUGAAUGCCAGAGGUCCCUUUUGCGGCAAGCCUGAAGAAAUUUCGAUGGAGUUUAUUUAUGAAUUUGAUUGUUCAGAUUCGUUGACCAGUCUCUGGUGUGAAGCUUUUUACCAACCGACCAAGAGUCCCAAAAAGACAAAAGCACCGAAACGAACCAAGGCACCGAAACAAACCAAGGCACCGAAGCGAACAUGAGCACCGAAAAAGCGGGCGAAACGCAUGGUGGAGUGUUUAAAGUUCAUUCACAAUCGCGAUUAGAUAUAAUUAUAGCA